AUGAAGAAGGAAGAAGAACAUGAAAACAGUUGUCAUGGUGAAGAGACAUUGAUUCCAGGUGGAGCUGGUUGGGAGGAAAGAUUCAAGAGAAUACAAAGACAAGGCGAGAAGAUGACUCAAGUUAAAGAAGGUUACUUGGAGUCUUUAGAGAGUCUUGGAGAAAGCGAAGCAGAUCGGUUGAAUAACUGCAAGAAGAGAGUCUUAAAGUUCAAGAAGGGAUUUCACAAGAUUGCUGAAAUUCAGAACAAAGAGACCAAAAGGAAGAGAUGA